AUGACCCAAACAACCUGCAUUUUCCUGAUCUCACUUCUUGCUUCCUUUUUCACCCAUGGAACUUCAGUGCUCAACCUCACUCUCCCAGCUCAACAUCCACACCCUGAAUCUGUUGCCAUAGAAGUUCACAGGAAAGUGAAUGAAUCAAUGAGAAGAAGAGAAAUGCUAUCAAUAUCAAGCAAAGAUUUGUCAUCAUCCUGCCAAACAGGAAACCCGAUAGACGAUUGUUGGAAAUGCGAGGCAGAUUGGUCCAACAAUCGUCAAAGGUUAGCAGAUUGCGCAAUUGGGUUUGGCCAAAAUGCGAAAGGAGGAAAAGGUGGUAAAUUCUACAUUGUAACAGACUCAUCAGACAAUGAUCCUGUGAAUCCGAAACCUGGUACACUAAGAUACGCUGUCAUACAGAAUGAACCAUUAUGGAUUGUUUUUCCAAGUAACAUGAUGAUUGAGUUGUGUCAAGAGCUUAUUUUUAAUAGCUUUAAGACUAUUGAUGGACGUGGUGCUGAUGUUCAUAUUGUGGGUGGUGGCUGCAUUACUCUUCAGUAUAUUAGUAAUGUUAUUAUACAUAACAUCCAUGUUCAUCAUUGUCAUCCUUCUGGUAACACUAACGUACGUUCGAGUCCCGAACACUACGGAUACAGAACAAUAUCAGACGGAGACGGAAUCUCAAUAUUCGGAUCAAGUAACAUAUGGAUAGACCAUUGCACACUCUCCCGUUGCAAAGACGGUUUAAUCGACGCCGUUAUGGGUUCAACCGCAAUAACCAUCUCCAACAACCAUUUCUCACACCACAAUGAGGUUAUGUUACUAGGUCACAGUGACCAUUACAAACCAGACUCAGCAAUGCAAGUAACUAUAGCAUUCAACCAUUUUGGGGAACAGUUAGUUCAAAGAAUGCCACGUUGCAGACUCGGAUACAUCCAUGUUGUGAAUAACGAUUUUACGCGAUGGGAAAUGUAUGCUAUUGGCGGAAGCGGAGGACCCACUAUUUAUAGUCAAGGUAACCGAUAUACGGCUCCUGAGGAUGUUGAUGCGAAACAAGUGACAAAGAGGUUAGAUUCGGGGGAAGGGGAAUGGACGACGUGGAAUUGGAAAUCGGAAGGUGAUUUUAUGGUGAAUGGUGCAUUUUUUGUUGAUUCAGGUAGUGAGAGUGAAGGGAAUUUUCAGAAGGCUUAUAGUGUUGAUCCUAAAACUGUUGAUCGAAUUUCUGUUCUUACUAUGACUGCUGGUGUUCUUGGUGUUGCUAGGGACAACAAUCUAGGAAUGUGGACAAGAGCACCAAACGGUGGUGGAGAUUAUAGUAUAUCAUAUUCCGGAGAACAAGAGUACACUGAUGACAUGUCCCAAAGUACGAUGAUGUUGACCCAUUCCUUUACUUUGACUCUUGUACUAUCUCUUUUUGUUGCACUCUUGUGUCUGUUCUCUCAUGCACUUAUCCUAUCAUAA